UACCCGAAACGAAGCGAAACAUGACGGAGCUGAGGAAGCGAGGAGGAGGUGAAGGAGGAGGUGGAGGAGACCCUGACAGCACCGAGAAUAUCAGCGACAAGGAGACUGACGGCGAUGACAGGUUGGGCCUGCAGGUUGACGCGGAGGGAGAAUGUGACGGCGACUCCAAAGCAGACACUCCAGAUGCUCCUCUCUCCUCGGGAGACACGGACAACACUCCACAAUGCCUGAACAAAGCUCUGGAGGGGCUUCCCCCGAGAUGGAAGAACUACUGGAUACGAGGGGUUCUGUCUUUAGCCAUGAUUUUCGGCUUUUUCCUCAUCAUCUAUAUGGGACCUAUCACUCUUAUAUUAGUGGUCAUGAGUGUCCAAAUCAAGUGUUUCCAAGAAAUCAUCACCAUCGGCUACAGAGUUUACCAUUCCUAUGAGCUCCCUUGGUUCAGGACAUUAAGCUGGUACUUCCUAAUUUGUGUCAACUACUUCUUCUAUGGUGAAACCCUAGCGGAUUACUUUGGGGCUCUGGUGCAGAGGGAGGAGCCCCUGCAGUUCCUGGCUCGCUACCACCGCUUCAUCUCCUUCGCUUUGUACCUCGCAGGUUUCUGCAUGUUUGUGCUGAGUUUAGUGAAGAAACAUUACCGCCUGCAGUUUUAUAUGUUUGCUUGGACCCAUGUGACCCUGUUGAUUGUGGUAACUCAGUCCCACCUUGUCAUUCAGAACCUGUUUGAAGGAAUGAUCUGGUUUAUUGUCCCCAUUUCCAUCGUGAUCUGCAAUGACAUCAUGGCUUAUCUGUUUGGUUUCUUCUUCGGGAGGACUCCGCUUAUUAAGCUUUCACCCAAGAAGACCUGGGAAGGCUUCAUCGGAGGUUUCUUCUCCACUGUGGUCUUUGGCUUCAUCCUGGCCUACCUGCUGGCUCGGUUCCAGUACUUUGUGUGUCCCGUCGGCUUCAACAGUGAGACCAACAGAUUUACCAUUGAAUGCGAACCCUCUGAUAUAUUUGUGAUGCAGGAGUACACACUUCCUGCUGUGAUACAGAACAUACUGAGAUGGAAAACGGUGAACCUGUACCCCUAUCAGAUCCACAGCGUCUUCCUCUCGUCCUUCGGGUCUCUCAUCGGGCCGUUUGGAGGCUUCUUUGCCAGCGGAUUCAAGCGAGCCUUCAAAAUAAAAGACUUCGCCAGCACCAUCCCCGGUCAUGGAGGCAUCAUGGACCGAUUCGACUGUCAGUAUCUGAUGGCAACCUUCACUCACGUCUACAUAGCCAGCUUCGUCAGGGGACCGAACCCGAGCAAAGUGCUGCAGCAGCUGUUGAUGCUGCAGCCGGAGCAGCAGCUCACCAUCUUCCACACUCUGCACUCCCAGCUGAGAGAGAGGGGCAUGCUCCCCCCCGCUGCUGUCCAGGCUGAGUGAAGAUCCUCCAGCUUCACAGAGGGGGGUGUGUGGG